AAUUGAGAGGACUAGGAUUGUGAAAAUAUUAAUGUAUUGCUGUUAUAAACAGGCCUAUAUUUACCUCAGAAAUAUAUAUUUGAUUGUUAAAAGGCAUUUGGUGAUUAGGACUUAAUGUCCAGAUAUGACGAUGCAUUCAUUUAAAGGUCACCCCCUGGCUGCUCACAUCAAAACAAUGGGAUUUUGAUCAAAUGACGUAAAACAAAAUAAUUAAUCGUAUCCAUAUUAAGAUCAUAGAGGCUGAGGCAUAUGUUUGCGCAGUAAUUGGGAUCAUCCAGGCACAUAUAAGGAGUUUAAACGGGAUUUGGAUCGCUGGCAUUAUCGCUCUUUUAGCCAUAUCAGGGGUUUUACACGGGAUUUGUGAAUGUAGGAAAACUGGACAGAUGUUUGGGUUUCUGUCCGCUGGUUGCCUAUGGAGAUGAUGAUGAUGAUGGUGGUGCUGAAUCUAUCAAAAUUAGGGAGAUGCUGCUUAAGCGAAGGACUGCAGUUGAUUGUUUUAAGCUUAAUAGAAUAAUAACUCUUGUUUUGAGGAUUUCACUAGACGUUUGCAUUUCCACCAAGCAGAUUAAUUAUAUUGAUAAUGAUUGUCAUUGAAAAGAGGAGCAAACACGACCCCCUCCUUCCCUCACAUCUCCACACCCACCCACCGUCGCAAACUGGCAGUACACGAGAAGGGGUGAAAAACACAAUCCGAAGACACCAUUAUGAGCCAAUUUGCGGUGUUAAUGUGAACCUUUAUGCCUCCGAAACUCGUUUACGUUGGAGACAUUUUUGGUCAGUGAAAAAAGGCACGCCCAGAGACGUUUUCUCUGUCGCCUAGACACCAUUUAACCCUUUGGGUGGGUUUCUCGUUACGUGGAAUUACAUCAAUCUCGGUUCCUCAGUCGGUGUCGUCAAGGUCGGAAAUGUAGAUGUGUUGUAGCCCCAGGCGGUGUUUUUGACAUAAAGCUCUAGAAAUGGCCGUGUAAAUGGUACGUAACAGUCAUGUUCGGAGUUCGUUGUGUUUUGGGUGGACCUUGAGCCUGCGGAAUGGAAAUAAACGGAGACGUCAACAUGGCGACAGCUGCUUCGCCCCUGCGCUCGAGAUGAAUCCUCAUCUAUAAAGCUCCCUGAGUGACCGGAGAUUAUCUGGUGCAGCUACCAGAGCAGGAUGUCAAUAUGGCUGCUCAGCUGCUCGUUCCACCCGGACCUGACAGCUUCCGGCCCUUCUUGCCCGAGUCUCUCGCUGCUAUCGAGCGCCGCAUCGCAGAGGAGGCGGCCCAACGGCCCAAAGGCGAGAGACGGCCUGAUGAUGAUGACGAAAACGGGCCCAAACCCAACACCGAUUUGGAGGCGGGAAAAUCCCUGCCCUUUAUCUACGGAGACAUUCCACCCAACAUGGUGUCCGUCCCGCUGGAGGACCUGGACACCUACUACAGCAACCAAAAAACCUUUAUAGUAUUGAAUCGUGGGAAGGCUAUAUUCCGCUUUAAUGCUACGCCGGCCUUGUAUAUUUUGAGCCCUUUCAAUCCAUUGAGGAGAAUCUCCAUCAGGGUCCUGGUGCAUUCGCUGUUCAGUUUUGUGAUCAUGUGCACAAUCUUGACCAACUGCGCCUUCAUGACCCUCAGCAAUCCCCCGGACUGGGCCAAGAACGUGGAGUACACGUUCACAGGGAUCUACACCUUCGAGUCCCUGAUUAAGAUCCUGGCACGGGGCUUCUGCGUGGGGAAGUUCACUUUCCUGCGAGACCCCUGGAACUGGCUGGAUUUCAGUGUCAUUCUGAUGGCGUAUGUAACUGAGUUUGUAAACCUAGGCAAUGUGUCAGCUCUCCGCACUUUCAGAGUGCUCAGAGCUUUGAAAACUAUCUCAGUCAUCCCAGGGCUGAAGACCAUCGUUGGAGCUCUGAUCCAGUCCGUGAAGAAGCUGUCAGACGUGAUGAUCCUGACGGUGUUCUGUCUGAGUGUGUUUGCUCUGAUCGGACUGCAGCUCUUCAUGGGAAACCUGCGGCAGAAGUGUGUGAAGAUUCCGGAAGUCAAUGUCACUGAAAACCUCACUGCCACGCUGAGCUAUAGUAAUGGCUUAGAGCGGCACAACUCCACCUUUAACUGGACAGAGUACAUUAGUGAUGAGAAAAACUAUUAUUACCUCCCAGGCCGCAGAGAUGCUUUGCUGUGUGGAAAUUCAAGUGAUGCAGGGCAGUGCCCAGAGGGCUUCUCAUGCAUAAAAGCAGGGCGUAAUCCUGACUACGGCUACACAAGCUUUGACACGUUCAGCUGGGCCUUCCUCUCACUCUUCCGACUCAUGACACAAGACUUCUGGGAAAACCUCUACCAGCAGACCCUGCGUGCAGCUGGAAAGCCCUAUAUGAUCUUCUUUGUUCUUGUGAUCUUUCUGGGCUCCUUUUAUCUGGUGAAUCUCAUCCUGGCUGUGGUGGCCAUGGCAUAUGAUGAGCAGAACCAGGCCACCAUAGAAGAGGCCCAACAGAAAGAAGAAGAGUUUCAAGCCAUGCUGGAACAGCUAAAGAGACAACAAGAAGAGGCACAGCUUGAACUGAGUCUACCCCUGGUUGCCCCUAACAACGGUGCUUGUGCUGUGAUUGGCUGGCAGGUUGCCGCGGCAGCAGCAACAGAGAGUGGGGAGUACAGCGGGAGGGGGGGCUUGUCAGAGGAAAGCUCCUCCGGGGGGUCCAGACUCAGCUCCAAGAGCGCUAAAGAGAGAAGGAACAGGAGGAAGAAAAGAAAACAAAGGGAAGAAGAAGAGAAAGCCGAUCAGGAGAAGUUCCAUAAGUCCGCCUCAGAGGACAGUAUCAGACGGUCUGGAUUUCGAUUAUCCAUAGAUGCCAACCGACUCUCAUAUGAGAAGAAAUGUUCCACUCCAAAUCAGUCUCUUCUCAGCAUUCGUGGAUCUCUCUUCUCCCCGAGGAGGAACAGUCGUGCGAGUCUUUUCAGUUUUCGUGGUAGAGCACGAGACUUUGGCUCAGAGAAUGAUUUUGCAGACGAUGAGCACAGCACUUUUGAGGAUAGCGACAGUCGGCGUGGCUCGCUCUUCGUACCUCGUUGUAUUGAGAGACGAAGUUCCACUGUCAGUCACUGCAGCCUUGCCCCCAGGAUUAUGCUCCCAGCCAAUGGGAAAAUGCAUUGCACAGUUGAUUGCAAUGGAGUGGUGUCACUGGUGGGCGGGACAUCUGUGCCAACAUCACCAAUCGGACGUUUGUUACCAGAGGGCACGACCACUGAGUCUGAGGCACGUAAGAAACGUUCAGGAUCACACCAGCCAUCUGAUUAUCUGGACGAAACAGUUGCCAGAAAAAGAGCUCUGAGUGUGGCCAGCAUUCUGACAAAUACUAUGGAAGAACUCGAGGAAUCACGGCAGAAGUGCCCUCCUUGUUGGUACAAAUUUGCCAAUAGCUUCCUGAUCUGGGACUGCUAUCCAGCCUGGCUGAAGGUGAAGGAGAUUGUGAACAUGGUCGUGAUGGAUCCGUUUGUUGACCUGGCCAUAACCAUCUGCAUUGUUCUCAACACCCUCUUCAUGGCUAUGGAACACUACCCCAUGACACCAGGAUUCAACCAUGUGCUGUCAGUUGGGAACCUGGUAUUCACAGGAAUCUUCACAGCAGAGAUGUGUCUGAAGGUAAUUGCUCUGGACCCAUAUUACUACUUCCAAGAAGGCUGGAAUAUCUUUGACGGCAUCAUUGUAAGCCUGAGUCUCAUGGAACUGGGCCUGGCCAAUGUUGAGGGACUUUCAGUGUUGCGCUCCUUUAGAUUGUUAAGAGUCUUUAAGCUGGCAAAGUCUUGGCCCACCCUGAACAUGCUGAUAAAGAUUAUUGGUAACUCAGUUGGUGCUUUGGGAAAUCUAACCCUCGUCCUGGCCAUCAUUGUCUUCAUAUUCGCUGUGGUUGGAAUGCAGCUGUUUGGAAAGAGCUACCGAGAGUGCGUCUGCAAGAUUUCGGAGGACUGCGAGUUGCCGCGGUGGCACAUGGACGAUUUCUUCCACUCCUUCCUGAUUGUAUUCCGAGUGCUUUGUGGCGAAUGGAUCGAAACCAUGUGGGACUGCAUGGAAGUGGCGGGACAGUCAAUGUGUCUCAUCGUCUUCAUGAUGGUCAUGGUCAUUGGGAAUCUGGUGGUGUUGAACCUUUUCCUGGCCUUGCUGUUGAGCUCUUUCAGUGCCGAUAAUCUCGCCGCCACGGAUGACGACAGCGAAAUGAACAAUCUGCAGAUCGCUGUGGGCCGAAUACAUAAAGGUAUCGCACUGGUCAAGUCAACUUUGCGGCAGUUCCUCCAAAGCCUCUGCCUGGCUGGCUCCAAACCACGCGCACUAGAUGAAGAGAAACCCCUUGACGACCUCCACAGCGACAGCAAGGAGAACUGCUUGUCCAAUCACGCUCCGGUGGCCGUCGACCUCACUAAAGACUAUCUGAAGGAGGGUUGCGUUUCCCCUGGUAACGGGGUGGAAGGUCACGUAAAGUAUGGAAUUGAGGAAGGCGACUACAUGUCGUUCAUACACAAUCCCAGCCUCACUGUUACAGUACCGAUUGCGGUGGGAGAGUCGGACUUUGAAAAUCUGAACACGGAAGAUUUCAGUAGCGACUCAUCUGACGUCGAGGGCAGCAAAGAGAAGCUGCCUGUUGAUGCGGUUCUCAGUUCCUCAGAGGGGAGCACAGUCGAUAUACGACCCCCUGGAGAGGGGGCGGAGUCCGUCGAGUUGGAGCCAGAAGAGUCCCUGGACCCAGAGGCUUGCUUUACAGAAGGCUGUGUGAUGAGGUUUCAGUGCUGUCAGGUCGAUGUGGAGAAGGGAAAAUGGAAGAGUUGGUGGAAUCUCAGGAAAACCUGCUUCAUCAUUGUUGAGCACAACUGGUUUGAGUCCUUUAUCAUCUUCAUGAUUUUACUCAGCAGUGGAGCAUUGGCUUUUGAGGACAUUUACAUCGAGCAGCGUAAGACGAUAAAGACGGUGUUGGAAUAUGCAGAUAAAGUCUUCACAUACGUCUUUAUUUUGGAGAUGCUUCUGAAGUGGGUUGCUUACGGCUUCGCCAAAUACUUCACCAAUGCUUGGUGCUGGCUUGACUUCCUGAUUGUUGAUGUGUCGUUGGUGAGUUUGGUAGCAAAUGCUCUUGGUUACUCUGAACUAAGUGCCAUUAAGUCCCUGAGAACUCUGCGUGCUCUUAGACCUUUGAGAGCAUUGUCACGCUUCGAGGGAAUGAGGGUUGUAGUGAAUGCCCUGCUGGGAGCCAUACCUUCUAUCAUGAAUGUCCUGCUGGUGUGUUUGAUCUUCUGGCUGAUCUUCAGCAUCAUGGGGGUGAAUCUCUUCGCUGGGAAAUACUACCAUUGCAUUAAUAUCACCAACGAAGAAAUGAUUCCCAUCAGUGUGGUCAAUAACAAGUCCGAUUGCAAUGCCCUUAUUCAAAACAAUGGUACGGCACGCUGGAAAAACGUGAAAAUUAAUUUCGAUAACGUGGGAGCCGGAUACCUGGCACUACUGCAAGUGGCCACAUUUAAAGGAUGGAUGGACAUCAUGUACGCAGCUGUGGAUUCUCGUGAUGUGGAGCUGCAGCCUGACUACGAAUCUAACCUUUACAUGUACCUAUACUUCGUCAUCUUCAUUAUCUUCGGCUCCUUCUUUACCCUUAACCUCUUCAUUGGUGUCAUCAUUGAUAACUUCAAUCAGCAGAAGAAAAAGCUUGGAGGUCAGGAUAUCUUCAUGACAGAAGAACAGAAGAAAUAUUACAAUGCCAUGAAGAAACUGGGAUCUAAGAAGCCUCAAAAGCCAAUUCCCAGGCCUACGAACAAGUUUCAAGGCAUCAUCUUUGACUUAAUCACCAAACAAGCCUUCGACAUUGUCAUUAUGAUCCUGAUCUGCUUGAACAUGGUGACCAUGAUGGUGGAAACUGACGACCAGACAAAGGAAAUGGAUGAUAUUUUGUACUGGAUAAACCUGGUUUUCAUCGUCCUCUUCACUGGAGAAUGUGUGCUCAAGAUGAUCUCCCUCCGGCACUACUACUUCACCAUUGGCUGGAAUGUGUUUGACUUUGUAGUGGUGAUUCUGUCAAUUGUUGGCAUGUUCCUCUCUGAGAUGAUUGAGAAAUAUUUUGUAUCGCCAACCUUAUUUCGAGUCAUCCGACUUGCCAGAAUCGGUCGCAUUCUUCGUCUCAUCAAAGGCGCCAAAGGCAUUCGUACCCUCCUGUUUGCCUUGAUGAUGUCACUUCCUGCCUUGUUCAAUAUUGGCCUCCUUCUCUUCCUGGUCAUGUUUAUCUAUGCCAUCUUUGGAAUGUCCAACUUUGCCUAUGUGAAGAAAGAGGCAGGGAUUGAUGACAUGUUUAACUUUGAGACAUUUGGGAACUCGAUGCUUUGUCUGUUCCAGAUCACCACUUCUGCAGGAUGGGACGGCCUCUUGGCGCCCAUCCUGAACAAGCAAGAUCCAGAUUGCGACAGCGAAACAGAGCACCCGGGCAGCUUGUACCGCGGCAAUUGUGGGAACCCCUCGGUCGGCAUCUUCUUCUUCGUGAGCUACAUCAUCAUCUGCUUUCUGAUUGUGGUGAACAUGUACAUCGCUGUGAUCUUGGAGAACUUCAGCGUAGCCACAGAGGAGAGUGCCGAACCGCUCAGCGAGGAUGACUUUGAAAUGUUCUACGAAGUCUGGGAGCGAUUCGACCCCAAUGCUACGCAGUUCGUGGAGUACAACAAGCUUUCUGACUUUGCAGAUGCUCUGGAUCCUCCGUUACGCAUCGCCAAGCCAAACAAGAUCCAGCUCAUUGCCAUGGACUUGCCCAUGGUCAGUGGGGAUCGCAUCCACUGCCUGGACAUCCUGUUUGCCUUUACCCUGAGGGUACUGGGAGAGGAGGGUGAGAUGGAUGCCCUGAGGGGACAAAUGGAGGAUCGUUUCAUGGCCUCCAAUCCCUCCAAAGUCUCCUACGAGCCUAUCACGACAACCCUCCGCAGGAAACAGGAGGAGAUGUCAGCCUCCGUCAUUCAAAGGGCCUUCCGACGGUACCGCAUAAGGCAAACAGUAAAGAAGGCCUCUAAAGCGUAUCGGCAACAGCUGCAGGACGGGGUCGUGCAUAUCCCGGAGAAAGAGGUGCUUGUCAUUGGAAAGUUUCAAGAGAACUCUGCAUCGGACAAAACGGAUAUGACUCCCUCUUCUGCCUCUCCGCCGUCUUAUAACAGUGUGGCCAAGUCAGAGAAAGACAAAUAUGAAAAAGAGAGGAGAGAGAAGGAGGACAAAGCAAAAGAUGCAAGGGACAGAAAAAAAUGAAUGAGGGAUUGAAACAGAGACUGUUCUUUUCAACUGAGACACUGUUUACAGAGCGGAACGCAAGCACCGAGGGGCAAUUCACCUCAAGCGGUUUUGGAACUAAUGCCAAACUGAGUGUGUGUGGGGCGGAGUGUGUGUAUGUGCGUGUGUCUAGACUAUUGUGUGCGUGCCCACCGAGCUAGCCUUAGGGUGCAUUUAUGGUGUUGACGGAAAGCGUUCAUUCAAGGACAGUGCCACGAUGAACACACGCACACACACACGCUCGAGUAUGACUGUUGAAUCCCUAAAGACACUGGUGUGAAACAAAAUGGCAAGUAUAGAGUGGUGUGUGAGUUUGUCUUUUAGUUUUGAGUGUUGUCACACAAUCCUGAGGACUAAAAGAAACUGUUAUAGUCAUCAGUAGCUAGUGCUAACACUACCGCUGGUGUCUUUCUUAUUGAAUGGCGUAUUAUAUACCUGCACAUUUUUGUUAGCUCAUUUUUUUAAUCAUGUUGAACUUUUCUACUCAUAGGUUUGAUUGUCUAAACUACUUCAUUUAAGGGCACGUCUGUGGAGGGGCUGGGGAAUGUCGGUCAUAUCCGGUAGUGAAUUAUCUGAACGCUCCUAUAACGGGACCUCAUUUACUUUAGCGUUAGCGUAUGCCGAACAAACCACACACACACACACACACACGUUUAUAUAUAUAUAUACAAGUAGGUUCCAAGUGCUACAAAAUCAAUCACUCAGUAAGCUGAGAGCAGAAUGCUACUGUACUAAUCAGGACUUUAACACAUAGAAUGUUUUUUUAUUAUUUAUGGAUGGAGAUGUAGACCUGUCUGCACUGCCUUACUGAACACAAAAAUGGAUUGAUUGAACGCAAUCUUCCACUGUUGAUAGCAGAAUGAGCCAAACUCAGUGGAUUUGUCAAAAUGUAUCUGAUUCAAAAAUGCUGAUCAAUGUUUUGGGUUCAAUGCAUGUUAAGCUCAAUUGACAGCAUUUGUGUCGCUAAAAGGCACUUACAAUGGGAGUAAAAAUGAUGUGAUAUAAAAACAGUUAAAUGACAAUAGAUAUUAAAAUACACACUGUUUACAGCCACAUGUAUAGUAGAGCCACAAAACUAUUAUAUUAUAAAAUAUUAUGUACAAAAUAUUAUAUAGAUUACAUGAGACUAGUGUGAUAUAACUGCUUACUAAUCUUGUCUGUUAUCUUUAAAAUCUGUUAUCAUGAUAAUGCUAGUAAAGCCUGUAAACUCAAUCAAAUUUUGCACAAUAUCUGCACAAAGACACCAAGAAGGAAGGUGAGGCGUUGUACCAAAUUACCAGAUUUUGUAGUUAUUUCUAUCUUAAAGGGUUAGUUCACCCAAAAAUGAAAAGUCUCUCAAUGUUAUGAAGCGACGAGAAUACUUUUUGUGUGCCAAAAAAACAAAACAACGACUUUAUUCAACAAUAUCUAGUGAUGGGUGAUUUCAAAACACUGCUUCAUGAAGCUUUACGAAUCUUUUGUUUUGAAUCAGUGGUUCGGAGUGCGUAUCAAACUGCAAAAGUCACGUGAUUUCAGUAAACGAGGCUUCGUUACUUCAUAAGUGUUUCAAAACAUUUCGAAAUUUCAAUGGUUCACGUGACUUUGGCAGUUUGAUACGCGCUCGUGAAGCUUCAUGAAGCAGUGUUUUGAAAUCGCCCAUCACUAGAUGUUGAAUAAAGUCAUUAUUUUGUUUAUUUUGGCGCACAGAAAGUAUUCUCAUCGCUUCAUAACAUUAAGGUUGAACCACUGAAGUCACAUGAACUGUUUUAAAUAUGUCUUUAUUAGCUUUCUGGGCAUCUGUGUUAAUUAUCUUGCUGGCAAUGCAGGCCUCAUUGAGCCAUCGGAUUUUAUCAAAAAUAUCUUAAUUUGUGUUCUGAAGAUGAACGAAGGUCUUACGGGUGUGGAAAGACAUGAGGGUGAGUAAUAAAUGACAGAAUUUUUAUUUUUGGGUGAACUAACCCUUUAAAGGGGCCACAUCCUAUAUUUUUCCUGUGCGUCUAAUCAGAAGUUGUUUAUUACGUCUUUACCUGACACCUUGUGCAAACAACAUGUUUCUGGAAUAGCAAAAACCACAGAAAUUAAAUAAAAAAUAUCUUACUACAAAAAUUACUUUUAACUUCUCAAAUAAUGAUUAUUUUUUAUAUAUUAUUUCCUGUCACAUAAGAUUUAAUGUAACUGUUUUAUCAAAAAUAUAAGUUGUACAUCUUGGCAUGCAAACCCUUCAGAUGCUGACACAGUUUACUUCUAUUGGUAGUGUCUUACUCUAACCUUGAUUCUUAUUUUAGGGACUUUAUUUCCGAUGGUAAUCAAUAUUAUGCAACAAAUGCUGUUCAUUGAAGCCUAAACAUUCUUUUAAUUUGUACACCACAGAUGAUGGCGAAUACAAGACAUGUAUCCAUUCCACCCCUCCGUGAAACGACCGCAAUGUUAACAGACUUCGGAUAGCCUGAAUGUACACUCACUGGUGAACGUGAUAGGAAACGGCAAUGUAACCCUACUGAAUGUCUCUGUGCCAGACAGCCACAUGUCUCACCUCCUCAUUUUAUUUUGAACAAAAAGAAAGAAAAAAAAAAAAAAACAUGCAUAGAUCUUCCAGAUCUAAUACCAUUCCGUGCAUAGGUGCAGGUCAACCUGUCAGUGGAUGUCUACUGAAAAACAAUUUUCCUCGUUUUGAAGUUCAAUGUCUGUCGCCGAGCAACAGCAACACCCUGAGUUCAGCUGAAUAAUACGAUUAUGACAUGAGCUCUUCUGUUGAAUUAGUGGUGGUGAUUUUGUAUGUAUAUACUGGCACGCUGUAUCUCACCUCUGUACUCAACUCUGUAGAGGAGCACUUUUACACGCCACUUAAACUGUCAUUUGGAUGCAUGUGAUCAGUGUGUGAGAGGUGUACAUGUGAGUGUGAAAGAGAAAAAAGAAUAUGAGAGAUCUAUAUGUGUGUUUUGACUGUAUGUACUGGGGCCACCAUCGAUGUGCUUUAUUCUCAUUUUCUUUAUUGUUUAUAAUGUAAAUAGUAGUUUCAAGCUCAUGUUAUUGUUUUGUUUUGUUUUUGUUUUUUUAAAUUGACUUAUUUUGUUUACAUUUUUUUGCACAGUGCUACAUGUGAAGGCCAGGUCCUGGUUUUAAAUGUACAUAAAAAUUUAUGAAGCAAUCAGUGGUUGUCAUAUUUCAUUCGUAGUGUGGUAGUAAACUGCAUGCACUAUAUUAACCAAUUACAUGGUGACGUUAUUUUAAAAGCCAAAAGAAUAAAGAUCAUAUUUUUUGUACCAAAGUUAAACUUAUUAUAUUCGUUAUUACACACUCUGAAAGUACUUUGCAAAUAUAAUUUCGAGAGAGAAUCAUGGCAGAGAAAUACGUACUUUUUGUUGGGUUACUUGAAAAUGUUUAUGAUUUGCAAUCGUGUACCUUUUGUUUUGAAUGUGCAAUAUGAAUUGAUUUCCUCUGAAGCGGAGCAGAGUUUGCAGACAUCCACUGUAGUUUUCCAAAAUAAAGCACAUUUUGGGAAACCAGUAACUGAAAAGCCUAAGACAGUUAUUUUGGAAAUGUUUUUUGUCAAAUAAGCAGCAUUUGUCUCCGGCUGUAUUGGUAUAUUUGUGCCAUUCAAAAAUUAAUAAAUAAUCCAAAUAUAACAAAUAGA